AGUGAGAGAGGAAGGCCAUGGAAAUGGAGAGCAGAUCGUCAGUGGACCCUAAAAUGGAAGAACCACAGAAACAUGCUUUAGGCAGAGACUGGGACUCCUUCAAGAACUUCUUCAAGACCGCCGGCGAGCCCCGGGAUCUGAUCCAGUCCUUCAAUCUGGGCCGAGACACUGCGAUCCACGUUGCGGCUCGUUCAUCGGAUGACUCCGGCCUCGUCCGGGAGCUUCUGGACAUGCUUCCAGAAGACUCUUGUCGCUGGCGAGCUUUGAGGGAAGGGAAUGCUCACAGGAACACGCUUCUUCACCAAGUGGUGUUCUGCAAGCAAGUGAACAUGGUGGACGCUGUGGUCGAGUACGAGAUGGAGAGGAAGCUGAAACAGGACCGCGAUGAGAAUCUGUUGGAGCUGCUGAACGACCUCGGCGAAACUCCGGUGUACAGAGCCGCCAAGUACGGCCGGCUGAGUAUUUUGAAGCGCAUGGAGCGAUAUGUGGAUGAUAUGCAGAAACACUUCUACAGAGACUCAGACUUCACUUCCAUCCUUCACAUCGCUAUCAUUGGCCAGCAUUUUGAUGUAGCAGUGUGGUUAAUGACAAAGAAAGGAAUAAGGAAGUAGCAUUCCAAGGCUUAGAGUCGUCGAAG